UACCACACUACCGAUAAGUCCAGCAAUGUCAAAUGUAAGUGGUUGAUAAUUGCAGUAUGACGAAGUGCCGUGAGGUGAAGCCAAUCGGAUAAAUAAACAUAAUUGGAAUAGAGUGAGCAGACAUCCGAAUUGCAGACACGGCAUUUCAGCAUUUGUAAACUCUUCGCUCCUUUUUCUGACUUUCCCCUCACCUCCGCCUCCAUUUCAAGCUUGGCGUGGACAACCUAAUCUCUCAGAAGUCAUCCAUCACUCACCAUGGUCACCGAAGCCGACUUGAAGCCCUGGCUCCGUAGCCCCGUCCGACGAUACAUCCUCACCAACGCCACCAUCGUCGACGUGACAGACGGUAGCCUGCGCCCCAAUGCAGCGAUUCAGCUCAAAGAUGGCUACAUAGACACUAUCACCGACUCGACAGACUCAGCAAUCAAGACCGCUAUAGAACAAGGCUUCGAGGUGGUUGACUGCUCCGGCAAGUUCAUCUGCCCAGGCCUCAUCGACUCACACGUCCACUUCGUCGCGGUCCCUGGAUUCGGCGACCUUUCUAAAGCAUUCGGCAACGCCAACGAUGUCUCGCUCCUUCGCCAACCAUACGUUGCCGCACAGAUGCUGCACCGCGGGUUCACAAGUGUGCGCGACUGUGGUGGUGCGCAGCAGGCAUUGAAGGAAGCCAUAAACGACGGUGUCUUCCCUGGCCCAAGGCUGUUCAUCGCGGGACAUGCCUUGUCGCAGGCAGGCGGCCAUGGAGACAUCCGUGGAGUACACGAUCACUCCGAGUGCUGCGGCGGGUCAACAAAUGGGCUCGGAAGGCUAUGCAACGGCGUGCCAGAGUGCAUGACCGCCGUCCGAGAAGAAAUCCGCGGCGGAGCAGACUUCAUCAAGAUCAUGGGCUCCGGCGGUGUCUCGACACCAACCGACAGAAUCGACCAUCUCCAAUUUACCGGCGCCGAGAUCCGAGCCAUGGUCGAAUGCGCCUCGAACGCGGGCACCUACGUCACAGCCCAUGCAUACACAACGAAAGCCAUCAGGCAUUGUAUCGAUAAUGGUGUGCGGGGAAUUGAGCACGGCAACUUUGUCGAUGCUCCCACGGCGAAGCUCAUGGCGGAGAAGGGCGUCUAUCUUACUCCCACCCUCAUCACAUACGCUCAGAUGGCGUCGCCAAAGUGGAAGGGCUAUUUGCCGCCUGAAUCCAUGUCGAAGAACGUGGAGGUGCUCAACGCCGGGUUGGUGGCACUCAAGACUGCGUACGACGCCGGUGUGACCAUCUGCUUCGGUACAGACCUUCUUGGGCCGCUUGGGGCAGCGCAAUCAUUCGAGUUCUCGUUGAGAAGCAGAGCUGUUCCAUCACUGGCUGUGCUGCAGAGCGCGACACUCAAUGCCGCAAAGAUGGCUGGCAGAGAGGAUUCGCUGGGUCAGAUUAAGGAGGGCUUCGAGGCAGAUCUUCUCAUCACAGACGCCAACCCUGUGGAGAAUGUGUCCAUCUUUGAUGACCCCGAGGCACACGUCUUUGGUGUCUUGAAGGAAGGCAGGAUAUAUAAGAGCAGAUGGAGCGGUCUGGUCGAGGAUGCCACAGUACCCGUCAGAAUCAAGCCGGCGUUGUGAGAUCUGUUUGGAAGUUAGGAUAUUUGAGGAUAUUCAUGAGAAAAGCAGCAGCUUAUAGAACCGCGGAAAUGAAUAAACCGUGCAAUAAGGUAAAAGGUGAAUGGAAACCGUGGCCGACAAUGAGCUAAGCAUGCCAGAGUCAGCGACGCGUUGGGGUAACCUCAUAGAGUCCAU